AUGAAAAAGAUAAAUGAAAUUUAUCGUUAUAAAACGGAGGAAUAUUCCACAGAUGCAAUUAAUAAAUUUAAUAUUUAUCCUGAACAAAUUCCAUCUUGGUUGGUGGAUUGGAUUCCUGAAUCCGGGGGGUAUCUUAUUGGAAAUUUGCAACCUGCUCAUAUGGACUUUAGAUUCUUCACACUUGGAAAUUUGUGGGCCAUAGUUUCCUCUUUGGGUACCCCGAAACAAAAUGAUGGGAUUUUGAAUUUGAUUGAAGAGAAAUGGGAUGAUCUUGUUGCAAAUAUGCCUCUCAAGAUUUGUUACCCUGCUCUUGAUUAUGAUGAAUGGCGAAUAAUUACUGGAAGUGAUCCUAAAAACACUCCUUGGUCAUACCACAAUGGAGGAUCAUGGCCUACUCUUCUUUGGCAGUUCACGCUUGCAUGCAUAAAGAUGAAGAGGCCAGAACUUGCAAGAAAAGCAAUUGCUUUAGCCGAAAAGCGGCUUUCAUUGGAUCAAUGGCCAGAAUAUUAUGACACAAGAUAUGGAAGAUUUAUUGGGAAACAAUCUCGGUUGUAUCAAACAUGGACAAUUGCUGGAUUCUUGACAUCAAAGAAGCUAUUGGAGAAUAGUGAAAUGGCUUCAAAGUUGUUUUGGGAAGAAGAUUAUCAACUUCUUGAGAAUUGUGUUUGUGGGCUUGGAAAACAUGGGAGAAAGAAAUGCUCAAGAUCUGCAGCUAGAUCCCAUUUUGUGCUUUAGAAAAUAGAAAUGAGAUCUUAUUAUUUGGUUCGUAUUUUCUUCAUGGCAUGACAAAAUAAAGAAAAACUUAUUGGGAGCUUUGUGAUUCGUAGUCAUGAAACCAAACAUUGUAACUUAUAAAAGUUCGCUUG